GGUAACCGAAAAAUAACAAAGAUCCAUAGAAGAACAAAAUGGCCACAUCCAUCAAAUAUUUUCAGUUGAACACUGGUGCUAAAAUUCCCUCUGUUGGAUUGGGAACUUGGCAAGCUGAACCUGGUGUUGUAGCUAAAGCUAUCACCACUGCCAUUCAGGUUGGAUAUAGGCAUAUUGAUUGUGCUGAAGCUUAUAAGAAUCAAGCUGAGAUUGGUUCUGUACUGAAAAAGCUCUUUGAGGAUGGUGUUGUUAAGCGCGAGGAGUUAUGGAUCACCUCAAAGCUACGAUCUCCAGAUCAUCAUCCAGAAGAUGUGCCAAAAGCAUUGGAAAAAACUUUAAAGGAAUUGCAACUUGAUUACCUUGACCUCUAUCUGAUUCACUGGCCAGUGAGCCUGAAAAGGGGAACAAGUGAAUUUAAGCCUGAAAAUCUUGGUCAUCCUGACAUACCAAGCACAUGGAAAGCAAUGGAGGCGCUAUAUGACUCGGGCAAGGCUAAAGCUAUUGGAGUGAGCAACUUCUCUACAAAGAAACUUCAAGCUCUAUUGGACAUAGCAAAAGUGCCUCCGGCUGUUAAUCAGGUGGAAUUGCACCCUGGAUGGCAGCAACCAAAGUUGCAUGCCUUUUGUGCAUCAAAAGGAAUUCAUCUAUCUGGAUAUUCUCCUUUAGGCUCACCAGGAGCACUUAAAGGCGACAUUCUGCAAAAACCAGUGGUCAAAGAGGUUGCAGAAAAAUUAGGGAAGACACCAGGACAAGUUGCUCUUCGAUGGGGUCUACAAGCAGGACAUAGUGUCCUACCUAAGAGCACUAAUGAGGCUAGAAUCAAGGAAAAUUUGGACGUGGUCGAUUUGUUUAUUCCAGAAGACUUGAUAUCCAAGUUUUCUGAAAUUAAGCAGGAUAAGCUAAUUAAGGGCACCGCUUUUGUUGAUGAGACCUAUGGUGCCUAUAAGACUGUUGAAGAACUCUGGGAUGGUGAAGUAUGAGCAAUGUGCAACAUUGAGAUGAAUGAAGAAUACACUACUACCAUAACCAAAUCAGAUACUUCAAUGAUUUACUGCAUCCAUAAUAAAUAUGAAAGUCAUUUGAUGUUAUAAUUAUUUGUGUUCUUUUAUGUUCUGUGAACUGUUAUUUUCUAUGUAAUAAUGACAAAAAUUUAGAUUAAAGACAUAUAUGGUGUCUGACAUAUGUCGGUGACAACAGCGACACAACAUCACCAUAUGUGGAUAUAUUUAAUCUCUUAUAUUUUAUAAGUUACAACUAGUGUCUACUUGUUAAUGUUUUAUUUAGUAUUUAUUUUUGUGUUAAUGAUUCGAAGGGCAUUAUUGAUAAUAAUACAAGAGUUUAUUUUUCAGGAUUUUCAGAUAUUUC